AUAAAACUACGUCUUCCCCGAAAGGAGGUAUCAAGUAUUUCUUCUCAUCGAUCGAGUCUCUUAAUAUUGUCCAGUGAAAACAUUAUUAGUCGUUGAAAAAAGUCGUGUGUCUAGUGGUUCAUUUGUUGCACUAUGACGUUAAUAGUAUUGUGAAAAACAGAAGUGGUCUACUCGUUUGAAGGCUUGAGCGUCGCUUGACAAGCUUCGAUUUGAGGGAGUCUUUCGUGAGCUCAUUUCUACGAAUAUUCAGAACAUCCGUCGCUCCAUUAUCUGUACCGCUUCUCCUCACUCGGGUCGCGGGCGUGCCGCAACCUAUCCCGGCUAUUUUCGGGCUACACCCUGAACGGGUCGCCAGCCAAUCGCAGGGCAUAUAUGAACAAUCCCUUAAAAAAAGACGCAUACGUCUCAACAAGCUCCGAACGUAAAGAUGACUCAAGAAAACAUCUUCCUCUUCGUUCCUAAUCUGAUAGGUUACGCCCGCAUUGCGCUGGCGCUGGUGUCCUUUUUCCUGAUGCCGCGCUGCCCGAUUCCCGCCUGUUUCUGCUACAUGCUCAGUGCCCUGUUGGAUUCCUUUGACGGUCAUGCCGCGCGGGCGCUCAACCAGUCGACGCAGUUCGGCGCCAUGCUGGACAUGCUAACGGACCGCUGCGCCACCAUGUGCCUGCUGGUCAACCUGGCGCUGCUCUACCCGUCGUACGCCUUCGUCUUCCAGCUCAGCAUGUGUCUGGACGUCGCCAGCCACUGGCUGCACCUGCACAGCUCCACGGUCAAAGGGUCCGGCAGUCACAAGAACAUUGACCUCUCGGGAAACCCGCUCCUGCGCCUCUACUACACCAACAAGGUGGUUCUGUUCUUGAUGUGUCUGGGCAACGAGCUCUUCUUCUGCCUGCUCUACAUCCUGCAUCACAUGCAACAGCCAAGCGGGCUCAUAUACUGCGCCCUGGUGGUGAGCGGCGUGGUGUGCGUUCUGAAGUCGUCCAUCAGUCUCGUCCACUUGGUGACGGCCUCUCAGAACAUGGCCGCCAUAGACGCCGCCCAGCGUGCCGACGCCGCCAGGAAGUCGCAGUGAGAGCACCGCGUCGUCUCUUGAUUUUCUUCCACGACCUUAUUUGACCACAUUCGUGUAACUGUCAUACGAUUGUUUCCACGCAAUCGACAUUUAUUUUCAGCAUUUUGUUACCAGCUUUUAUGUUACCGUGGGGACCUGGAGGCAACUCACGUUUAUACAGGACCUCAAACAUGACACAAGAAAAAAAAUAUAUACUGCGGUCAAAAAUACUCAUUUGUGGGUUCGGUUACAUUCCCUUGAACAGCUUGGACGUCUGGGUAAGCAAAUGGAGCGCACCUUGCCUACAUACUGCACUACAAGCUGUCCUAAGAAGGCACCUGCUCCAUUUUCUUACCCAACUCUCCAGGAAUUAAUUUCCUGUUCAUUUUUAUUUUGUGCACAUAUUAGAUCUACUUCAUUUGAUUCGCACCAUAUACAGUGGUGCCUUGAGAUACCAAUGACCGGACUAACAUCGUUUGGCCGAUUUCUUUGCUUUGACUUGUGAGUGCUAAUUUCUGGCUGUAAACUCAACUAACAUCACACCAAUAAGAAGUUUGGCAGGUAGUGUUGAUGGCCGUUCCCAGCUGCAGUUUACCGACAAACUAAGCAUAAAACAAAGACGAUUACAUGGUGUGUAUUUGAAACAACCACAUAGCUUUGCUUUAAGCACAUUUAGCUUAAUGCUAAGACAUACCGGGAAACGCCAUAGAUAGGCUAACAAAACUAGCUAGCCUUAUAACCCUUUAAGCAACAGAUAUUUGAACUAGCGGUGCCACAAUUAAUGGAUUAAUCGACAGCUAAUCGAUUAUCCAAUUAAUCAACUAUUUUCAUAACUGAUUUAUCGUUUGGAGCCAGUUUCAGUUUAAAAAUGUCCAAAUCCUCUCAGCAGUAAAUAUUUUCCGAUUUCUGUAGUCCUCCACGAAAGCAGACUGAUUUUUGUUUGUUUCAAACUACGACAUCUGUAAACAUCUGCUUUUAUUUUGGAAAACAACGGUCAACAUUUUUGACGAUUUUCUGACAGAUGUUACGGACCAAACCAAUAACUGAAUAAUUGUCUACGUUCACACUGCAGGGCAUGAUGCCCAAUUCAGAUAUUUUUUUUUUUUUUUUAUUUAUUAUUUUUUUUUUAAAAUAUGUAGUCGUUCCCAUUACAAAAACAAAUGCAACUUGUACUGUGGACAGAAUAUGUCCGUGACAUCCCAUGCAUGUGCGCAACCGCGCGGCGGCUUGUAAAUGCGGCCCCUCACGGAGGUCUCGUCAUGACGCAUUUGUGGCAAUUACAAGGAUUUUCUUCUAUUUAUCAGUUGUAAAGCAUCUUUUCGCCAACUGACUGCUUUCUGCUUCUUUCUCUGCCGUUUGCAUUUUUCCUUUCUGUUUUGUCAAACAAUUGUGGCGUUUGUCACCUUUUGAUGACCUUCACCUGAAACCCAAAUGUCUGCAGGAUACAACAAAAACAGAGAAAUUGACCUUGGCGUUCCAAUACUUUUGGAGGGGACCGUACAUUGAAUUGAAGCGGUAGUGAAGUGUUUUGAGUUACGAGCUUGGUCAGGGAAUUAAUUAAACUCAAAUCUCAAGGCACCACUGUCUUUACUGUAGCAACAGUGUCUUUAUUUUAUUUAUUUUUCCGGGCUGCAUACGUUUUGGGUGUUUUCACCGUGCUCAUUUUUUUUAGCAUCAAACUCAACACUUAACUCAAAGCGAACACAAGCGCUCUGUGAUCUCUUUCUCGUGUCUGAGCAGGUGAAAAAAAAAACUUUUUGUUGCUCAAGAGGAUUAUUAUGUAUACAAAUUAUGUGUUGUGGAGAUUUAUUUUUCAGCAUUUUUAUUUAUUUACACUCAUGCUGCUGUUUUUUGCUGCCCCCCCCCCAAAAGAAAAGUUCAGUAUCAUGCUUUAAUCAGAAUCAUCUUUAUUUUGCCAAAUAUGUCCCAAAAAACACACAAGGAAUUUUUCCCCGGUAGUUGGAGCCAAUUGACAGAGAACGCUUUGGAGACAUAAAGACACACAAAAAAAAAUCACAGUCACUGAGCAAUAAAAGGUUACCAGCAAUGUGGUAAUCCCGCUACAAUCCCCCCUUGACCCCCUUGUGGAAAAAAGAAUGUUAAUUUGUGACCACAAAAUACUCAAUUGUGGCCACAUUUCUUUUAUGAGACAAUUGUGCAAAAAUAGUCCUCUAGCACUUAGAGCAGUUUGAAUGACAAAUACAACAAUAUUCCGGCGCAAUGACCAUUGUGCAAAGGGCGCCGAGACUUCAAGGAGCGUAUGCGGUUUCAAGUGACGAGUAGCGCGAUCAUCUGGGACAAUGUCGAUUGUGCAAAUGUUGCAGAUACUCCUCAAUCAGUGUGCAAGUGGUGCAGAUGCUACUCUGGCACGAGUGGUUAGUAUUGGUCAACAACAGAUAUGUAAAUUGUGCAGCGUGGCGAGACUACUACACCGAGUGCACAAGUAGUAUCUCAUUGGCCCCACAGAGAUGUGACGACAAACUCAAGACAAAGAAUUGGCAGCAUGUUGCAAUCGAAUUGGAGGUGAGCUGUGAAGACGUUGAUGGCAAGAGGGAAGUAGCUGAUGGAAUGUCUGCCAGUUGUAGUUUGCAUUGUUCGAUAGCGCCUAGCUGAGGGAAGGAGCCGAAAGAGCCGGUGACCGGGAUGCGGAGGGUCCGAGAGGAGUUUGUCGCCAAACCAGACUGUGAUGGAAGAACACGGGCCCGAUUCGAUGAGCGCUGCGUAGAACCGCCUCAGCAGCUCCCGUGGCAGGCCGUGCUUCCUCAGGCGCCGCAGGAAGUACAUCCUCCGCUGGGCCUUUUUGAGGACGGAGUUGACGUCGAUCGCCCGCUUCGGCUCCCGAGAGACCGUAAUUCCCAGGGACUCGAAGGUCCCGACGGUUGACACGAGGCAGCUGGACAGCAACUGUGGCGAAGGACGCCUCCUGAAGUCCUCGAUCAGCUCCGCAGUCUCGAGCGUGUUCAGCUCCGGGCCGCGUCGGCCGCACCGCAGCUCCGGCCGCUCCGCUUCCUGUCGAUACGCAGACUCGUCGAUCGUCUUUGGUGAGGCCGAUGACUGUGGUGUCAUCUCUCGAACUUCAGGAGUUUGACAGCCGGGUGCGUUGAGAUGUUCUCGUUGAGGUGUUCUCUUUAAAGUCUGAUAAGUUUGACUUUCGCAUUCGGCAAAACAAAGCAAUUUGUUCCGGUUCAAGUCACUGGCGUGUCUUCCUUUUGUGUCUUAUAAAUCAGUUACUAGCUACAUAACAUGUUGCUCUUCUAUAAUACUGUUUAAAAUAUAUAUAUAUAUAUAUAUUUUUUUUAAAAGAUUGAAUUUUUCAAAGAAAGACUCCUACCUUCAUAGGGCUCCCUAUAGUGACCUGAACCGAAAGAAAUCGCUUUGUUUUGUUUAGCGAAAUGUGGAAACCAAAUUUAUCAUGUCAACACGUGACGUUUAUCACGUUAUUACAUGAUACUGAACUUUUAUUUUCUGCAAUACGCUUCCAUAGCUGUGUUUCACGUGUGAUGCUGACGAAAUGAAGUGCUGCAUGUAUUGCUAGACAAAAUGCGUGUUUAGUGCUUGAAAUGUUUUUGAAAGCGCUCAACUUGUAUUUCUGCUCUCUUUUUUGCUGGGUGGUUUCAAUGUACUGCAAAAAUAAAAACAAAGACGCUUUCAAAUUUA